GGGUAAAAAAAAAUAAGAAUAAAACUGACGUGUCCUAAUAAUCAACAACGUGGCAACGCGACAGUGCAUCCGUUUAUGUCCUUGCGUCAUUUUUACUCGAGCAAUUUCUUUCUCGCGCGUCGCGAUGUUAACGUGUUAGAGAAAGGGAAGAAAAAAGGAACCGAGUCAAGAAUUUGUCGACAAUUUCAGCGUUUUUUGUUCGGCGCGGAGCAGGAGCGAAGGUUAUGUUCGUGUAAGUGAUGACACUUCGACCGGCAUAAAUCAUUCGUUUUAAUUCUCCACUGUCAUCGUCAUCAUUGAGAAUUUAGAAUCGAGUAGAGUGCGUGCAUUCGUUCGCGAUAUGCGGUGACGAGCGGCGGACUUCUAACCUAACAAGCCCGGGAGACGAUCUUGAACGAUCGGUGGUAACCUUGAACGUCAACGCGAGUAAACGUGGCGCGAGUAAAUAUUGUUGACUGAUCUGAGAUUAAGUGAGGGACGAAGAUGAAGAGAAAAUUGGACAAGGAGAAUAUCACUGAAGACGGUAUCGUCGACGGGAAUAUUCAGGAACCUUCCGAUCUGCGAGGUGACGAGAAAAACAUCGCGAUAUUGUUCUUCUUGUACUUGCUGCAGGGCAUCCCGUUGGGAUUAUGCGGUUCGAUUCCCAUGUUGUUGCAGAACAGAGGGGUUUCUUAUCGGCAACAGGCAGAAUUUAGUUUUGUACAAUGGCCGUUCUCGUUGAAGCUCUUUUGGGCACCCAUAGUAGAUUCCAUUUUUUCCCAAAAGUUCGGACGAAGGAAAACAUGGUUAAUCCCUACCCAGUACCUAAUGGGUAUGUUUAUGCUCCUUCUGUCGAAUUACGUUGAACACUGGCUGGGUAAAGAGCACGAGAAGCCCAAUAUCGAAAUGCUGACCGCAUUAUUCUUCUUAUUGAACGUACUUGCCGCGACUCAGGACAUUGUAGUUGACGGAUGGGCGCUUACGAUGCUUAAAAGGUGCAACGUCGGAUAUGCGUCCACCUGUAACAGCGUCGGCCAAACGGCAGGCUACUUCAUCGGCUACGUGUUGUUUAUUUCGCUGGAAUCUGCUGAAUUUUGCAAUAGCUAUUUAAGAUCAGUCCCUUCCGACGUGGGCAUGCUAACUCUACCUGGGUUUUUGUACUUUUGGGGCUGGGCGUUUCUCGUUAUGACAACGUUUAUCGCGUUAUUCAAACACGAAAAUAAGGGCAGAGUAUCCAAAGGCGAAGAGCUAAAUGUGAAUAUUAAGCACGCGUACAAAUUAUUGUGGGAUAUAGUUAGAUUACCAGCCAUAAAGACCACGAUUAUAUUCCUCUUGACUGCAAAGAUUGGAUUUUCGGCAUGCGAUGCAGUGACUGGUUUGAAGCUUAUAGAAGCCGGAAUUCCCAAGGAAGAGUUCGCUUUUAUGGCCGUGCCGAUGAUACCACUGCAAAUAAUUUUACCAUUAGUAAUUUCGAAAUAUACUGCUGGGCCAAGACCUAUGGACGUUUAUAUGAAAGCUAUGCCUUACAGGUUGGCUUUCGGCUUAAUAGCAGCUUUUUUGGUGUGGAUUACACCGUUCGUUGUAACCAACGGAUACGUUCCAGCUUAUUAUUUCGUCGUAUUGAUAGCUCUCUACUUCAUACAUCAGAUUUCUGCAAGCAGUAUGUUCGUGGCAUCCAUGGCUUUUUUCGCAAAGGUCAGCGAUCCGGCUGUUGGUGGCACUUACAUGACAUUGCUCAAUACUUUAUGCAAUCUCGGUGGAAAUUGGCCUGCCACGGCAGCGCUUUGGUUCGUCGAUCCCUUAACAUUUAGGCAAUGCAGUACCGACUAUACAAAUGAUUGUAGCACAAUUACAGAGAGAGAGCUUUGUGCGAAUACCGAUAAUGGUGUUUGCGUCAUGCAGCUCGAUGGUUAUUACAUAGAGAGCCUUCUCUGCUUAAUCAUAGGCUUUUCCUGGCUUAGGUGGGGUCGUAGAAAAAUUAAUAUACUACAAGCGAAACCGAUGUCCGCUUGGAAAAUCGUAGUUAAUCGUAAUAACAGAUAACAUAUCAGCACAAUGUUAUAGACUCAUUUAACAUUGGUACCUGUAAAAUUAUUAGAAAAUUUUUUAUACGAUGAGUUGACGCAAUAUUCGGUGUAUCUACCGAAUUGAAUUUGGUUAGUAAAUAAAUUAAAAACACUGAGAGUUUUACGCUCACAAAAAGCUAACGUAAGAUGCAUGAAGUCCAGUCUACAAGUUAAAAAUCGCAUUGAUCCAUAACAACUUUGUGAACACACUGUAUAUUUAUCUAUAUAUAGGACAUGUGCAUGCAUCAUUUCCUGCACGUUUAUCAAGUGUUCCAGUUUUGUAAAUGUGCAUGAGGUGAAUCGAUAACGAUUCGCCUCAAAAAACAAUAUGUAACCUAUUAUAGAAUAUAUAUAUAUAUGUACAGAAUAUAUAGACUUUACAGGAAAAGAAAACAAAAUACUAUAAUCAUAAAUGAAUAUUCCAUGCCUAAUAAAAUGAUCUCUAUUUGGUUGUUAUCCUUAUUUCCUUGAUUUAAAUUAUGCAAUAUUUAAUGAUAUAAUGAUUUAAUGAGAUAUAUUACAAUAUUAUACAUAUAUAUAUACAUAUAUAUGUAUAUGUAACAUUUGUGUAAAAUUAUUUAUGUAUACUAGGAAAAAUAUAUAUUAUAACAUGUAUAUAUAUUAAAUAUAUAAUAUUAAAUAGUAUAAUUUUAUUAUAUAAUAUGUAUAUAAUAUUUUAUUAUAUAAUAACGUAUAUUUCCUUUCUCCUUAUAUAUUUGUUAUACAUAUAUAUUUAUUUGUCAACUAACUGCCGAGUAAAAUAUAUUACAUUACGAGAGAAACAUAAUGUUCAACAUAAUAUUUUUUACAUAGCGUUAUGUAUCAUUUAGCUGUAAAUAAAAUUGAAAGUAUUUUAUGUAUGCGCAUAGAAAUUAAUGAAUAUUUAAUGCAGGAUGUGUUAACAAAAGUCUUUCGUAUAAAAAGAGAAUUGAAACUAA